CGCACCUGCUGGCGGUUUCAAACCAAAAUGAAGUAGGCGGGGUUUACGCGUUUACGGACACAUUUUGAAAACACAAAAGUAGUAUGCAACGCUUGGUUACGUUGUAAAAGAUAUACACAUUGUUUAUUAGUGAUAACACUUCCGUGUUUUGGUACAAUAUAUUGUAAACACUACAACAUGCGUGUUACCUGACGGAUUUUAGUGCUGGAAAAGUUGGAUUGGGAAUUUAAAAGUUGCCUAAGUCUAAGCGUCUUUUAGCAUGGAUUUUACAGGCGCCUUGCCAUUGUAGUUGUAAUAAAGUUUGGAAAGUGUGUUGAAUUGUGUGCAGUGCCAAAGAUCGAAGACCAAGUUAGGAUUUUUGCUGGAAUUAUGGCCACGUGUGGGGCCACCUAUUCGCCGAGGGAUGACAGCAGACACAGAGAAAGAGACAUGAUGGCGCAGGCUGAGGAUGUACAGGUCUCGAGGGGGAAGGCAUGCAGUCGGUGCGGUGGGGCAUGUCCGGGGUUUGAGCUUCAUUACUGGAGAAAAAUAUGCCGUCAUUGUAAGUGCCCUCCAGAAAUUCACGACAUGGUAUCGAGUCAGGUAGACGAUCGAAGCCUGAACAGGUUGAUACAUGAGGGGAAGCGUAACUCAACGUCAGACGAUGACAGCGGCUGCCCCCUAGAGGAAUAUUCAUGGGUGCCACCAUCCCUCAAGCCAGAACAGGUGCACCAGUAUUUCCGUGCGCUGCCAGAGGACAAAGUGCCAUACCUGAACAGCGCGGGGGAGAAGUACCGGGUCCGUCAGCUGCUGCAGCAGUUACCUCCCCAUGACAACGAGGUGCGCUACUGCAACAGCCUCAGUGAGGAGGAGAAACAUGAGCUGCGCAUGUUCAGCGCGCAGAGGAAACGGGAGGCCCUUGGGCGGGGCAGCGUGAGGCCCCUGCCUCUCACCAUGCAGGGCGGAGUCUGCUUUAAGUGCAAGACAAUGAUAUCAGGUGGAGAGAUUGCUGUGUUUGCGUCGCGGUGUGGCAGUGACAGGUUCUGGCACCCAUCCUGUUUCGUGUGUAUGACGUGUGAGGAGCUGCUGGUUGACCUGAUCUACUUCUACCGGGAUGGACAGCUCUACUGUGGGAGACACCACGCCGAGCUGAUCAAACCAAGAUGUGCCGCAUGUGAUGAGAUUAUUUUCGCAGAUGAGUGUACAGAGGCAGAAGGUCGUAGCUGGCACAUGAAGCACUUCUCCUGCUUUGAGUGCGACGCCCAGUUAGGUGGUCAGAGGUACAUCAUGCGGGAAGGGCGGCCAUUUUGUUGUGUCUGCUUCGAGAGGAUGUUUGCGGAAUUCUGUGAUACAUGCGGUGAGCACAUCGGUGUCGAUCAAGGACAGAUGACCCAUGAAGGUCAACAUUGGCACGCAACACCAAACUGCUUUAAGUGCCACACGUGUCAAAAAUCGUUACUAGGGCAACCAUUUCUGCCAAAGCACGGUGUUAUAUACUGUUCAGCAGCUUGUUCACGCGCUGGGGCUGGUAUGAAUGCGCAACCGCAUCGUAAAGCCGAAGAGUUUAUGAAGGAUAUAAACAAUAUUCGUCUGGGGUCCCCGAUCAGUCACGCCAUGCAGGAGAGCAGUGUGAUGGCUCUACAGGAAGUCUUACGACAGCAGUACAGCAUACCUGACAGCUGCCCGUCGUCUGACCGUGACCAGGGGUACGCCACAAGCAGCAACAGCGAGGUGUACGCACCGGGAAUGUACGAACCCCCCACCAAAGCCAGACUGGAGAUGUCAGGAUAUGAGAUCAAUAUGGACUGCUUGGUAGAUGCUCUACCUUUGCAUGAUGCCAAAAAGAAGAGACUUUCGCAGUUAUCCAUGCCAGAUCUAUCGAAGGAGCAGUUGAACUGUGGUGGUUCUGAUAAGGCGAGUUCAUGUGUCUCCCGAAGCAGGAGUGUCAGUCGCAGUAGAUCUGGCUCGGAGAAAAAUCUUGGUGUUAAGUUCAGUGGUAAUGCACAAGCGAAUUACUAUCAUCCGGAAGUACCCACAAAUUUUAUCCAGUCAUACAGUGGUAUGCAAAAAUUAACUGCUCAAAAUGGGGCAGCCAAUCGGUCGUUUCCUGAACUGAGGUCAGGUAACUCCCCUGUGGAAGAUAUUAAUGAGUUGUCAUUGCCCGACGAUGAAAAGAUGAACCCAAUCUCCCGCCCCCCUCCGGAGAGGUCACAUCGUCGCCAUGGAAACAAACGGUAUCCCAGAAGCCAAAGUUUUGAGGGCAGAGCCUCAAUGCUGGCAGAAGUUAGUCAGAACGGCGAACAUGAACGCAAGAAAAUACUUAAAAACCCUAACCAGAACAUGUCGCAUACUUCUGAACUGUCAAUGUCGAUGGACCGCGGUGUGAAUCAUUACGAUGAAAGUUAUUCAUGCAGCACGUGUUCCAGUUCCAGUGACUCAGAGGACGAUUUUGACUAUUACUAUGACAGUCCUAGUAAGGGAGCUCCCAGGAUUGCUUACGUUGAUAAUUUCGGAUUUGCUGGAGCGAAUAAAAGUGCGACUUUGGGUCGGCCUGUACGUAGACACAAGAAUAAAAAGGACAAAUGUACGAUAUCGUAGUUGAUCUAUUCGAUGUUUGCUUGGGUUUACCCUGAAAGUUGCCAAAUUUGCCUGUUUUCAGUGAUUGUUUGCGAUUGUAAUUGUCUUUUAAUCUGCAAAUUGACGAUUAAAAGACAUUCCUGUGGGAGAUGAUUGGACAUAAAUCAUAGAUAUGAACAACUAGAUCAAUUAGAUAGUUGUGAAGACAUUCAAUGGCAGAACAAAUCAAACGGUGUACAAAAUUUGAACAAAAUCUUUUAGAUGUUUCACUGUUUUGAAAAUGCAUGUAUUUAUAGUCAUCAACAUUAACUAAAAAGGCGUGUAACCAAAUCUCUCUUAUUACAAAAAAAAUGUGGUGCUUUACAAAAUGAUUUAUGCAAGGUUCAUUGAGGUACAAGCAUGUUUUGUGCUUUGAUUUUUUUUUUUACAACUGCCAAAGAAUUAAUCAAAAGUUUAUUCAUUUUGUAUUUUCAGGCAUGUGUCUUUAAGGAUAAGCUUUGCUUUAAAUUGAGCUAAAAAGAUGCAUAUUGUGGUACAGUGCUUACCAGUUUGACAUAUAAUUUAUGUAGUGUAGAAGAUGUUUUACAUUAUACAAUAAAUGAUAUUAGUGUGGCCUGUAUUUUAUAUUAACUGUGCCUCAUUUUGUUGUUAGUUACGACAACAGUCAAUUUGUGAUAUCAGUUGUUUUUAUUUAUAAGUGUUCACUUUUUUGUCAUAAGUAAUGACAACAUGCAUCAUUUAUUGUUGUUUUUUUUGCAUCAUUUUUAUCAUGUAUUAUGUACAAUAUAUAUAUAUAUAAAUGGUCCGCAUAUUGUUAAUAGAACUGUUUAAAUAAUGUUACUCAAGUACUUGUGUUUGUUUUUCAAAAUGUAUUUUAGUUGACAUGAAGUUUGUUCUGGAAAAAGAUGAUGCAUCACAAUGUUUUGUCACUAAAUAAUCAUUAUUACAUAUAAAUAACAGUGUUGCAGUUGAUUUUUUUUAAUUUUAAAGCAGAUUUCUGUAAUGACAAUGAACAAAAAGUAACUUAAAAAGCUUAUCUAUGAAAAAUAUAUAUUAGAUUUUGUUAUUAAAUUAUUGAGUUUAAGUUGUAUUGAUUUCGUAAUAAGAAAUUUUGUUGCAGUUUCCCUACUGAUGAUACUUCUAUGCAGAAUGCUUCAUUGUGCUUGUAAACAUUUUCCUUUGACGUUGUACUUGUUAAUGCUUUUUGGAUACUGCAAAAAGAACUGCUGACAAAAUAUUGUAGAAUAUUCCCGAUAAAUCAGUUUCUUUUGAUAUUUAUUGAAAUUUUAUUUGAUAUGGAACACACAAUGCCCACUCUGUGUUUGCAAUUGCCAGUUCAGGGCGUCUUAAAGCAAAACUGCCAAUAGUUGUUUCUACCUAAGUCAGUGGUAUUAUUCUCACUGAUUUCAUUUUUGACAAACAAGUAUUCACCUUUUUCAUUGCUCAUUUUUAUACACAGCAAUAUUUGUAAAACAUUUUAAUAGUAAUAAUUAAUUUUGUAUGAAAAUGAAUUUAACAUUAUUUUUGGUUGAAUUAGUUUCUUUUAACAAGGUUAAAUUUGAGAAAUUAUUUUAUUUUUGUGAAACAUCACUGAUGUAAUGAAAAAUUAUCAUGGUCUUUUUCAACUGCUUAUCAUUACUUAAUCAAGACAAAAUAUCAAAAAAUGAAAUAAAGCAUUUAAUAAAAGUAGGGCCUUUAAAGAAUUACAUACAUGUCGAAUCAAGAGAACAGCUAUUAAAACAAAAUGUUAAAAUAAAAAAUAAAAUUGAUUUCUGAAAUGCAUGAGUACUUGUCAAUACUUGACUAAGUAACAUGUAAGCCACCUAUGUUUGUUGAUGUCUGUACCCAGUCUUACAUUUUAUUUGUAACGUUAUUUAUAAAGUAUUAAAAAAAAACUGAUCAAAA